UCAGAUUUCAAAUUAUAAUCUAUUUCCUGAUGCAUUGCUGACGCCCUGUGAGCCAUGUCAGAAGUACUUCCAGUUGAUUCUGGCGUGGACGCGUUGGCGGUGUUUAUGGCAAGCAGCAGCACGACGGAUGUUGUGAACCGCAACAACCCCGCCACCCCGCCAAACACCCUUAACCUGCGCUCCUCACAUAACGAACUCCUGAAUGCGGAGAUUAGGCACACGGAGACCAAGAACAGCACUCCUCCGAAAUGCAGGAAAAAGUACGCGCUGACUAACAUCCAGACAGCCAUGGGGCUUUCUGAUCCAGCAGCUCAGCCCCUUCUGGGGAACAGCUCUGCCAAUAUAAAGCUGGUGAAGAAUGGAGAAAACCAGCUCAGGAAAGCCGCUGAGCAGGGACAGCAGGAUCCCAACAAAAACCUCUGUUCCACUGCAGGCAUAAACGUAACUUCUGAGAAGUUUGAAGGCAAAGAGCCAAUUCCACAGGAUUCCUCUGGAUGUGAAAUAUUACCCUCACAGCCAAGGAGGACCAAGAGCUUCCUGAAUUACUACGCAGAUCUAGAGACAUCUGCUAGAGAGCUAGAGCAGAGUUUUGUUGUGAUGGAAGAUAAAUCUGCACCAGGCAACAGCCAGGCUUCUACUGUUAUUGUCAAUGGGGAAGUCCUGCCCCGGAAACAAAACAAGGUGUCAAGCCCAGAGGAUGGCCAAGUUGCCACGGUGUCAUCAAGCCCUGAGACUAAGAAAGACCACCCAAAAACUGGGGCCAAAACAGAUUGUGCCCUCCAUCGGAUUCAAAACCUGGCCCCAAGCGAUGAGGACUCCAGCUGGACUACACUGUCCCAGGACAGCGCCUCGCCAAGCUCGCCUGACGAAACAG